AUGUUACAAAAACCCUUAAAAUAUAGCAAACGAGUUGUGUUACAGACAGCGGCUAAAUGCUUUGAUCCUGCUGGAUUUAUUUCUCCUUUCCUAAUUCGAAUCAAGUGUAUUGUACAAGAACUGUGGGAAAUGGGACUUGAUUGGGACGAAACGUUCAAUUCAGAAAUUAGGAAGAAGUGGUCUGAAUGGUGUUCUGAGCUAAAUGUAUUAAGACAUUUUUCAAUUCCAAGAUAUUAUUUUACACAUUCUUCCGAAGUAGUGGAAGAAACACUACAGUUGCAUAUUUUUUCUGAUGCUACCCCAAAGGCGUACGGGGCAGUAGCCUAUUUUAGAUUUAUUUCUAAAAAUAAUGUAAUUGAAACAAGUUUUGUUAUGUCAAAAUCGAGAGUAGCACCUCUGAAAAAAAUAACUCUUCCAAGACUUGAAUUGAUGGGUGCUGUAAUUGCAGCACGCCUAGGAAAAUAUCUUGAGAAUUUAUUUAGUGUUCACACUAUUUUCCUUUGGACUGACAGUACUAUUACUUUUUGCUGGAUUAAAGGAUCUGCUUCAAAGUGGAAACCGUUUGUUUCCAAUAGAACUGUUGAAAUUCAAGAUUUAACAUGUCCCCAAACUUGGCGAUUUUGUGAUAUCAAGAGCAAUGCAGCAGAUUUUAUUUCCAGGGGCUGCAAAGCUGAAGAGUUAAUUAGUAACAGAAAAUGGUUACACGGUCCUGCUUGGUUAUCAGAAAACGAAGAAUUAUGGCCCAAACUUCAACUUAAAGAAAGUGAAAUUGAUCUAGAAGCUGAACGAAAGAAUGUCAGAAAUUGUACAGCAAUUAAUCUAGUUCAUUCUGGACAAGAAAAAUUUAACCUCUUGACCAAAUUUUCUUCAUGGUCGAAGCUUUUGCGAGUUACCGCAUGGUGCCUACGGUUUAUUACUAACUUGAAAUUGAAAUCAGUUUCUGUCACAAAACGUGAUUAUUUGACGUGCGAAGAAUUGAAAAAGGCAUCGGAAGUAAUUAUAAGAAUUAUUCAGGAAGAAGAAUUUUCGGAAGAAAUAAAAUGCUUGAAAGAAGGAAAACCGAUUACUUCUAAUAGUAAAAUUAGUUCACUAAAUCCAUUCAUAGAUAAAAGUGGAAUACUACGAGUCGGGGGAAGAUUAAAAAAUGCAGAAAUAGCUGAAUCACAAAAAUAUCCUAUUCUUCUACCGAAAGGAAAUUUUAUCACUAAUUUGAUAAUAAAGUCUUAUCACGAAAAACAUCUUCAUUGCGGAGUCCAACUGCUGUUAUUUUUACUAAGAGAAGAAUUUUGGAUCAUCAAUGCUAGAAUUGAAAUUAAAAAAUGA